AAUGUUUGUAUUUUUUUCUUUAAAGAUGCAAAAAUUUUCUUUUUAUUAUUUUUACUUUUUGUUAUGGGUUUAAUUUUUUUGUAGGACUGAGCCUAAGAUAACAGUCAUAGAAUGGAAAAAAAAUUAAUAAAAAAACUGCAACUCUAAAAUCCCCUUUUUACCGCAGAAUACUUCUUAUGCUACGCCACUGCUCAAAUUGGUCCUUCUCCAAGWUCCCGAGRUCUACAKUUUAURKCAACUUUUUAUAUUAAAUUAAAUAAUAAUCAACGAUAAAAACUUAUAAAAAAAGGAUUCCAAUUUCCAUGUAAUCAAAACAUCAUCGACCUUGGCRCCCAUAAUUUUCCCCWGUUUUUUUCCCUUUAAUUUACCUCAAUUUACCCACAAAUGUCGUGUUUACACCGCUUAAUAAUUGACACUAAUUACACUCGACCAAAGGUCAAAAAUGUUAGAUAACAGAUUUGAGCCAAGUCAAAGUGAGGUUAAGCUGUGAGAAGCCCCACACCAUGUCCCCCAGCAGCAAAACGGGCCCUUUGGUGGGCGCCAUCGACGAGGGCACAUCCAGUGCAAGAUUCAUCCUUUUCAAGGCCGGAACAGCCCAAGUGGUGGCCUCCCACCAGAAGGAGUUGUCCCAGAUUUACCCCCAGGAGGGCUGGGUGGAGCAGGACCCCAUGGAGAUCCUCGACGUGGUGAAAGUGUGCAUCGAGACCACAAUCGACAAACUGAUCGCUUUGGGGGGCUCCGUGGACGACAUCGUCAGCGUGGGGGUCACCAACCAGAGGGAAUCCACGAUAGUUUGGGACAAGACCACGGGGGAGCCUUUAUACAACUCAAUAGUGUGGUUAGAUGUGAGGACUUCGAGCACCGUUGACCAACUCCUCGACAAGGUCCCCAAUAAAACCAGGAACAAGAACUACCUGAAGCCCCUUUGUGGGCUCCCAAUGUCGCCCUAUUUCAGCGCCGUGAAGCUGAAAUGGCUCCAAGACAAUGUCCCCAAAGUGAAAAAGGCCAUGGGGGCGAAGAAUUGCCUCUUUGGGACUGUGGACUCGUGGCUGAUUUGGAACCUCACCGGGGGCAAGGAUGGGGGCGUUCAUGUCACUGAUGUUAGUAAUGCUUCAAGGACAAUGCUUAUGAAUAUUGACACAUUGAAGUGGGAUCCAGUCCUUUUGAAUUUUUUCGAAUUGCCCAAUUCGAUUUUGCCUGGGAUUAAGUCCAGUUCUGAGGUGUAUGGGAGGGUCAAGGAGGGGGCGUUACUAAAUGUCCCCAUUGCGGGGUGUUUGGGGGACCAACAGGCCGCGCUUGUGGGACAACAGUGCCUCGACAGGGGACAAGCCAAGGCCACUUAUGGCACCGGCUGCUUCCUGUUGUACAACACAGGCAAAGCGAAAGUGGACAGCGCUCAUGGCUUAAUAACCACAGUGGCGUACCAAUUGGGGCCCUCCCGACCGGCCACUUACGCCCUUGAAGGGUCAGUGGCCGUGGCGGGGGCUGCCUUGAACUGGCUCCGAGACAACUUGGCCAUUUUGCCCACUUUCGGAGAGGCCCAAAGCUUGGCAGAAAAGGCCGAACUUAUCGAAAGCGGUGAAGUGUACUUCGUCCCUGCUUUCAGCGGCUUGUACGCCCCCUACUGGCAACAGGACGCUAGAGGAACCAUCGUGGGAAUCACCGAAGACACCAACGCUAACCAUAUUGUGAGAGCCACCUUGGAUGCGGUUUGUUUCCAAACUAGGGACAUUCUAGAAGCCAUGAAUAAGGACUAUGGGGCACCUCUYACACACUUAAAAGUUGAUGGUGGAAUGACAGCGAAUUCUCUUUUGAUGCAACUUCAAGCCGACUUGGCAGGGAUCCCUGUCAUGAAAUCCAGUGUGGCUGAAAGUACGGCUUUGGGGGCUGCCAUGGUGGCCGGGGCUGCGGURGGRUGUUGGGACAUUGAAGGMGCCCCCUUYGACAUUCCRGCCUACAAGUGGACUCCCAGAUAUAGCGAGAAUGAAAGAGAUGUUAGGUAUGCCAAGUGGAAGAUGGCGAUUGAGAGAUCCAUGGGAUGGGAUAUUUAAUUUUAUUGAUUUUAUUUUAUGGAAAAUCAGUUUUGUACACAAUAAAUAUGUAAAGUGGG